AUGAAUAAAUUACAAAGCAUUCAAAAUGAUGUACUUAAAAUUUGUAAAGUAAUUGGUAUUAUAAUGAUAAUAUCAUUGUCUAUUCUAAAAAUUAUAAAUUCCAAUCAAAUUGAACCAUAUGUUGAUGAAAUAUUUCAUAUACCACAAACUAUUAAAUAUUGUGAAUUUAAAUUUAAAGAAUGGGAUAAUAAAAUAACGACAUUACCAGGUUUAUAUAUUUUAGCAUUAAUUUAUUCAAAUAUAUUAUCAAUGUUUGGUAUUGGUGAUGGUAUAUGGAUAUCACAUUGUUCAGUAGUUGUAUUAAGAUCAUUCAAUGUAUUUUGUUUGAUAAUAACUUUUUUUUCAAUUUAUGAAAUUUUGAAAAUUUCAACCUAUAAUCUAUUAUUAUCACCAGCAUCAUCAUUAUCAUCAUUAAAAAUUAAUCAAAAAGAAGUGAUAGAAAAUAAAAAUUCAAUUAAUAAUACAAUCAUUUUAAGAACAAUCCAUUUAUCAAUAUUCCCUAUUUUUUAUUUUUUUCACUUUUUAUUUUAUACAGAUGUAGUUUCAACUUGUUCAAUAUUUUUAACAUUAUUAUUUUCUUUAAAAAAUAAAUUUAAUUUAUCUUCAUUUUUUGGAUUAAUUAGUGUUACGAUUAGACAAACAAAUAUAAUUUGGGUAUUUUUUAUUACAAUUAAUAAUAUUUUAAAAUUAUAUGAAGAAAAUAAAGAAAAACAAAAUUAUAUAUUUAAAGAGUUAAAUUUAAUUAAAGAUAUUAUAGAAUUUAUUAAAUUUUCAAUUUUCAAUUUAUUAUUAAUAAUUAAGAAAUUCAUUGGAUUUAUAAUGGUUGGAAUAUUAUUUUUAAUAUUUCUUUAUUAUAAUGGUAGUAUUGUAGUUGGUGAUAAGAGUAAUCAUGAAUCAUCAUUUCAUGUAUCACAAUUAUUUUAUUUUUCAUUAAUAACAAUGUUAUUUUCAUUACCAUCAAUUUUAAUAUCAUCAUUAUUAAAGAGAUUUGGAAAUCAAAAUGAAGGAAAUCAAAAUGAAAAUGAAAAGAAGAUUCUUCUAUAUGAUCCAAUUGAAUUUUUAAAAAAUAUUAAUUUUAAAUAUUUAAUAGUGAUAAUUAUUGGUAUGGUUUUAAUGAUUUGGAAAUUUACAUAUACUCAUUUAUUUUUGUUAUCUGAUAAUAGACAUUAUACAUUUUAUAUUUGGAAUAGAUUUAUUGAAAAGUAUAGCAUUGGCCGUUAUUUACCAAUUCCAUUCUAUUGUUAUAGUAUUUGGUUCAUUUGGAAAGUACUCUCCGAGAAUAGAUCAAAACUUUGGUGUAUUUUCUAUUUCCUAUCAACUGCAAUGGUUUUACUACCAAGUCCAUUGGUUGAACCAAGAUAUUAUAUUGUACCUUUCUUUUUAUUCCAAUUAAAUCAAUUUCAUUAUUAUAAUAAUUUCAUCAUACAAAAUGGUACAAUUGGUAGAUUCUUUUAUUAA